AUGGAUCUUCCUUAUAGUGAUGAGGUGAUGCCAGUACUGCUCCCUCCUAGAUUCAAGGUCCCUCAGAUUGACAUGUAUAAUGGAUAUAGGGAUCCUGUGGAUCACUUGGAAAACUUUAAAGCAUAUAUGACCCUUCAUGAUUUUUCGGGGAAGGUGGCCUGUCGAGCCUUGCCCCUGACCUUGAAGGGAAUUGCGUUAGGUUGGUUCAAAACCCUACGCCCAGGGACCAUCAAUAGAUUCGAGGAGUUAGCCAACCUAGCGGCUUAUCUUUUGACCAUUAAACAGAAGGAGGGGGAGAGCUUGAAGGCAUAUUUGUCAAAAUUUAACAAAGAGAGGUUGACCACCGACGACCAAGAUGAGAAGAUCACACUUGCUGCCUUGUUAGGAGGCAUAUGGCCUCGAAGUCCAUUCAUAACUGAGCUGGUUAGAAAAACUCCCUCUACCCUGAGGGAAUUCAUGGAUAGAGCUGACGACUAUGUCAAUGCAGAAGACAUGCUACAGGCAUUGCUAGAACCAAGGAAGCAAGAAAUGAAGCAUGACUCCAAAAGUUCAAAUAAGGAUAGGAAAGCAAGUUCAAACAACAAUGGCAGGGGGCGUGAAAGACACUUUGCCCAACGGGAAUGA